AUGACCUGCAACCCUAUCUCGUCGGUUCAACAAAACACACUUCCAGUUGACCUGCUACAGACAGCACAUCACGUCGCCGCGACCCUUCAAAACAAGGCCUCGAUGGAAACACCGCCGUAUCUCAAGGUGCAGACGCUGGCUCCAGACGUGCUGGAGGGCGCCACCAUUACCUGCAUUGAAGCAUGGGAAAACUCUCUCUAUCUAGGUACUUCUGAUGGAGAAGUUCUGCACUUCUUCUGUGUUCAGGACAUUGAGGUCUCUUCUACCGACAGGGGACGUGAAAUUGCACCACCACAGUACAUCAUUGCCAGCAGGCAAAAGGUGCAUGCUACCCGAACCAGGACCGUCGACAAGAUUGUGGUACUUCCCCAGAUCUCCAGAGCUUUGGUUCUGUCCAAUUCCACUGUCUCCGUGUUCUCAGUGCCAGAGUUCGCUCCUGCCUCCGGCUUUGGCAAGGUCAGAGAUGUUCUGGACAUGUGUGUAGAUCAAGACAUCACCAAAGCUCUUCUCAAAAACCCCACGGCAGCGGCAUCUUCUGUCCACGUCACUACAUUCACGAAAAACACUAUACGAAUCGUCAAUGUGUCUGCAAACGGCCUGAAGCUCGUCAAGGACGUGAGCUAUGCAGAGGCUCUCACAGGAGUGCGUCGAGGCCGUCUUUGUCUCGUUGGUAAUACCAAGACAUAUGAUCUUGUGGACGUUGAGAGAGUACGAAAAGUGCCCUUGUUUGAGGUGUGGAGUGGUGCCGACAGCGGAGCAGAUCUCAAGCCGCAGCCCGUCGCAGCCCUUGUCGGAGAUUCCGAGUUUCUAGUUGCAUGUGGAACUCAGAAGGGAGAUCCUGCCAUGGGUAUGAUCAUCAACAGUGAUGGAGACAUUUCGCGGGGUACCAUUGCGUGGAACGAUUAUCCUACCUCGGUGGUUGUCGAUUAUCCUCUUGUUGGCGCGGUUGUUGGUCAAAAAGUGUGUUUCCAUAAUGUCGUCAAUCAGACAGAGGUCUUGAUUGGCGAUGAAGUGGAUGAUAAGGUCAGCAAAGAGGAGAAGUCUGACGACAAGCAGGAAUGCAAGAAGGAUAGCAAUACCGACGGUGAUAAUGGAAACAAGGACAAGGGGGACAAGAAGGACAAAAAGGACAUGGAAGAUGCCGAGGGUGAAUCUGAAGAGGGCGAGGAUAAGGGGACCGAUAAUGAAGCCGGGGAAGAAGCUAAAAAGCCAGAAGGGGCUUCGAAGGAAAAUACCGAGGCCACCGUGGAACCUGCCACCAAGGUAACCAUCUCCAAGGUGCUCAAACAGUUCGAUAUUCCGUUCCCAGAGAUGGUGAACAAGUUGACACUGGUGGAUGUCUACGCCAAGGACAAAGGUGGCUCGAAGGAUGACAUUAAGGACAUAGAAGAGUCUUCUCACUCUACCAAACUCUCUUCUUGGUGCAAAACAUCUUCAAACAUCUUUACUUACUCUGACAAAGGAGUCUUCACAUACAUCUCCACCCCUCGACUGUUUCAUCUGGAGAAUCUAGUCGAGCAGCAAAAGCUGGGAGAGCUCUAUAUCGAAUUGGAAUCGUUCGGACAUGGAGAUAAUGCCAAUUCAGAGGCCGCCAACCGCCAAAAAGAGUAUCUGCAACUCUUGGUAUGUUUGUCGCACUUGUCUCAUGACAGACAGGCUGACUUCAAGCAAAUAUGGACCAACUCUUUCCACGAUUACCUGUUGGAUCUGAAGAUUCUCAUGUACAUUUUCUGUCCCAAGAUUUUGGACAAGUUGGAGGUACCCAAUGGUGUGGUUACUGCUCUUGAUGUGUCCAAAAGCAUGGUGGCUCCAGAUGACAAGUCUGGGGACGUUGUUUCACGAAAAUGGUGGCAUACUUGUUACGAUAUCUGCCAGUACCAUCUGCGAGACCCCAACACUGCUGAUUUCAAGGGUAGAUGGAUGCUAGAGGUACUCCUGUGCCAGUUGCUGGUUUCCGAUUGUGCCAGCGACCUGUUAAAGGAGAAUACGGCCGAAGAUUCGUCUGAUGUUGUCACAGGUGCUAUCAUGCAUCUUGUUGAGAGCCAGCUGGUGACCGACAAGGGCAUUUCUGAGUCUGCGGAGAUUCUCAGGGAGCACAAGAAGUGGUACCCACUUUCGCUGCUCGAUCUCCGUGUCAACAAAAUUGCCUCUGUCUGUGAAAUCUGGCAGUCAAUUCUUGCCGGUGACAUUGAGGAGCCCUUAUUCACCAAUGGCCCCAAGCGCCUUUCUGCGCUGCUCAAGACAUGCUCAGACAAAGAGUUGGUGCGUGCUUAUGGACUCUGGCUUGUCGACAAGUUUCCUCAGGAAGGCGUGGCGAUUUUUGUGGACCAGGACAGUUCGAAUGCAGGCUCGAAAAUCAAGUUUAACUCCAAGGAGGACAAGGACAAGAUCUCGACCGCCAUCAAGGCCAUGCAGAACCAGGUGGCUUGGAAAUCUUACCUUCAACAGAUGUUAUUCGUAGAGGGUGAGGUCAGUAUGGUUGGGGAGUAUGUUGGUUUACUGAUUGACGAGUGCAUUGCUGACAUCAAAGAUGCCAAGGACUACGACGAGGAUGAGGUGUCAGCAGCGUACAGGGCUCUCAACCCCCCUAAGCGGUCGUACUUUGAGUUCCUCAAGUCGAAGAAGGGCACCGACACCACCUUGGCCAGCCGUGUUGAGAUCAUUCGAAUGAUUGACCGGGGACUGUGUGGAGAGAAGAAGGAGAAGGGCGAUGACAAGUCUCACAAUGGCAAAAAAUCUCGUGGAAAAGGUGUAUUCGGGGACGCCAAGUGGCAUUUUGAUGUUAAUUGGUCGUCGUCCUUGACUCUCGAAGACUAUCUUAGUUUUCAAGAGAAGCUCAUUCCCUAUCAAAACCAGUUCUUGUUGGAGUUGGUCAUUAUUUAUGGCCAGUUGGGUGACCAUCAGAGAUGCAUUGAUAUGCUGGUGCACGAUCUCACUGACUAUCAGACUGCGGUCGACUAUUGUGCCAAUGUUGACAAUGUGGAGGGAAGUACACCUGCUGCGGAUGAGAUUCUCAAACGGUCUCUUUUUACUCACUUGUUCAAGCAGCUUCUCAAGAUCACGUCUGACCAGGAUACAAAAGUGUACUACUGUCGUCACGUCAUGGAGAAGUACGGCAACCAUCUUGAAACCAAGUUUGUGCUCAACGCGGUGCCUCCAAACUGGCCCAUUGAGAUUCUGAAUGGGUACUUGAAGAAUGUUUUGCGACAGCUGACCAAUGACAAGAACAAGAGUCUGAUGAUGAAGAGUUUGACUCGAAGUGAAAAUGUCAGCAUGACCAACGAGCUGACUGCGUUGACAAGAAUUGAUGCCGAGGUUAGAAGGGAGUAG